UUUACAGAAGGCGGGGUGUGAUGAUGCCGAUGCCACUGCCAUUGCCUGCGCUCCCACUUUGUGGCCAGUCUUCAUUCAUAUUCAGUAGCACCAGCACUCGGAGGACAGCAGCCAUGAUUCACAUCGAUCUUACAACGAUGGCAUGCGUGAUUUCUAUAUGCCUAUGUGUGGGAAGUCCUUUGCCUUUUCAAAAGUUGUACGAGUGUCCCACAACGCAGGAAAUGCUCUGUGAGAACAUGGUCACCUCUAAGGGAUUUACCUACAAGGUGCCUCAGGACAAGCUUCCAGACUUGAGAGAUCGCGAUUGUGAACAUGGGUGGUUUUAUCUGAAUGAAACAUUUAUUGUUGACUCAACGCAGCCUGGGGAGAAUUUAGGAUUUGUAGUGGCUGUGACUUCUGAGAACCUGACAGUCAGCACCUGCAUAAACCUUCAAUGGCAACUUCACUGUGAAAACAUUAAGCUUCACUGUACUGUUAAUUAUAGAGUGAAACAUAAAGCGCCACAUGAAACCCUGCCAGGAAAUUACACAUCUUCAGGAGACAAAGGAGAUGCAAGUUCUCCUGGCUGGCUUAUUGCUGUAAUCGUGGGGAGCGUGAUUGUGUCUGUUCUCAUCAUAUCUGCUACCAUUUGGUUUUGUUUGAAGAAGGCAAGAAAGUCAGCGUACACUCCUCCAGGUGAAGAUGAAUCUGAGGAAGAAUUCUGAAUUGUCAAAGUCUAAGCAAUAGGUCAGCCAGAUUAGUCUUAGCUCUGUGAAAAGUGUAUCUUAACACUGUAAAGCCCACUGUUGCAGAAUUACAACAUCACUUUUAACAAUUUAAAAAAAAGGCCUACAAAUGGUUUUUUUUCUUCUCAAGACCACAUUUACAUAGUUAAUGGGUUCUAUUGUUUGUCCUCACAAUGCUUUUGGAUAGAAGUGUUUAUAGGUCCGGUCAUCUGGCCAUGAACUCACGUAUACCUGCAAACUUUGCGUGGAGCUCAUCUCCUUUUUUUGCAUGACUGGAUUUGUCAAGAUUCAAGUAAGAAAAAUUCCCUACAUAUUUUUUAUUUAUUUAUUUGUGUUUAUUACAGUUUCUAGAACACAUACAUAUUUAGUUAUUUUGGAAAACAUUAAUCAAAUUUAAUUUAGAGCUUGUUAAGUCUAUGUUGUAAUUCUACAACGUUGGGCCAGAGUGGUAGUUAAAAUAGCCUGUGCUCCUUACACAUUACAUAAGGACACUGCCCUUCUCACAUGGUCACAAAUUGAAAUUUAAACUGUUAGAUGAUUCAUUGUAACUAAGUUCUAAAUGUGCUUUUCUGUUAAAUUAGUACUUAGUUUAGCUUAGACCAUAAUUAAAUGCAGGAAUUAAUUGUAUGUGGUAUUUGAAACUUCAUCAUCUAGAGCAGUAUCUGAAACUCCCUGUAUCUGUGUAGUUUUUAUUUUUUUUUUUUUUAACUUCUAAAUGAUCCUGAAAUUUUUUAUGAGUGUUGCCCAAGUAGCAUUUUAUAGCAUUAAAAGAUAUAUAUAUAUAUAUAUAUAAAAAAACAGAAUGUUCUGAAUGUUCUGGAUUUACAACAAUAUUACAACAUUUCCCUAAAAACUUACUAAAAU